CUUCCCUUCCCUGUCAUUGACAGGCCCGGGGAGUCUCAUGAAGCCGUGAGCCGUGGAGUCAGGCGGGGAGCAAGUCUGGGUUCCCAUCGAUGCCAUCGGCGCUCGCCAGGCACUUGCUGCGCCGCCAUUUUCAGUGCCCGAGAGAGGGAGCGAGUGAGCCCUAGAGAAAGAAGAAGCAGGAGGUUGCCUGGAGCAGCUGGACUGGCUGGCGGGGAGCGGGACUGGCCAUCCUGAAUUAACGGGGGACACAGCCAGACCAUCCCAAGAUGAAUGUGACAAAGGGGGGACUAGUUCUCUUUUCUGCCAAUUCCAAUGCAUCGUGUGUGGAGCUAGCCAAGAGGAUUGGAGAACGAUUGGGGGUUGAACUUGGUAAGGUGCUGGUCUAUCAGGAGCCAAAUCGUGAAACACGGGUUCAGAUUCAGGAGUCAGUACGCGGAAAGGACGUGUUCAUCAUCCAGACAGUUUCCAAGGAUGUGAAUACCACAAUCAUGGAGCUGCUAAUCAUGGUGUACGCGUGUCGGACGUCGUGUGCUAAGACUAUCAGUGGAGUCAUCCCUUACUUCCCCUACAGCAAGCAGUGCAAGAUGAGGAAAAGAGGCUCCAUUGUGUCCAAGUUAUUAGCCUCCAUGAUGUGCAAAGCUGGAUUAACUCACUUUAUCACCAUGGACUUGCAUCAAAAAGAAAUUCAGGGGUUCUUCAACAUUCCCGUGGAUAACCUCAGAGCAUCUCCAUUCCUUUUACAGUAUAUUCAGGAAGAGAUUCCUGACUACAGAAAUGCGGUGAUAGUUGCCAAAUCUCCAUCGUCGGCAAAAAGAGCACAGUCAUUUGCCGAACGGUUACGGCUGGGAUUAGUGGUGAUCCACGGGGAAGCUCAGGAUGCAGAAUCCGAUAUGGUGGACGGGCGGCAUUCACCUCCAGCAGUCAAAAAUAUUGCCGCUGCCAUACAUCCCUCGUUGGAAAUACCCUUAAUGUUUCCUAAGGAAAAGCCUCCAAUCACUGUUGUCGGGGAUGUAGGUGGAAGGAUAGCCAUUAUUGUGGAUGACAUCAUCGAUGAUGUAGACAGUUUCGUUGCUGCAGCUGACACUUUGAAAGAAAGAGGGGCGUACAAGAUCUUUGUGAUGGCCACGCAUGGUCUGCUUUCCUCCGAUGCCCCCAGGUUAAUAGAAGAAUCGACUAUUGACGAGGUUGUGGUCACCAACACAAUUCCACACGAAGUCCAGAAGCUCCAGUGUCCCAAAAUCAAAACGGUCGACAUCAGUAUGAUCCUGGCCGAAGCCAUCCGGCGGAUUCACAAUGGGGAGUCCAUGUCUUACCUUUUUAGAAAUAUAGGCGUCGACGACUAACAGUUCCUUCUGUAUGGUUAUAUAAAUAUAUAUAUUUUUAGGUAUAUACCAAGGGCCAAAACUGGAGUUGUACAGUGUAUCUGUGCCGUGCAAAGCGCUUACCUUAAUAUUUCAACAAGGCCAUUUUUUUUUCAGGCUGAUCUCUCUUAUCUGUAGAUCCACCAAUCAGUUUUUUGCUUUUUGUUUUUUUGUUGAUAAUUUUUUUUUUUUUGUGAACAAAAUGUCACACUCACAAAGAGCACUAGGUCUAACAGUAUUUAAAGCAGCGUUACUAGUUUAUAUAUGUGCCCUGUAACAGUUGUGGGGGUUUUUUCCCCCUCGUUCUUCAGGGAAUCCUUUGUUUUUAGGCAAAAAAACUCACUUUAAAGGAGAACUAUCGCGAAAAUGUAAUUCUAAAUACAAUCAAUUUAAAAUUCUGUACCGUUUAUGAAAUAAU